AUGGCAGCAGCACUAGAUUGUGCUUCCUCCACCUCCACUGCCUUCACAACCGGAUGGUCUAGUUACGAUGUGUUCCUCAACUUCAGGGGCGAAGAUAUUCGUAAUAAUUUCACUGGAUUCCUUAAUUUGAUUUUGAUAGACAAAGGAAUCGAUGUGUUUAUUGAUAGUGAAAAGUUGUGGACUGGAGAAGCAAUUGACCCAGCUUUGGGUAGAGCAAUCGAUGGGUCUAAAAUCUCGAUCCCUGUCUUCUCCCAAGGAUAUGCAGACAGCAAAUGGUGCCUGCUGGAACUCGCUCAGAUUUAUGAGUGCCACGAAUCCAACCGUCAACUGGUCUUGCCCAUAUUCUUCAACAUUGAGCCGUCGCAUGUUCGGAAUCAGACCGGAAAUUUUGAAGAAGCAUUUGGGGAGCACGAGAAGAAUUUUGAGCCUCAUACCACUGAGAGUUGGAGGAAAGCUUUGAAAGAAAUUGGAAGUUUGAAAGGAGAAGUUAUUGACAAAAAUAGGUAA